UCUAAAAACUUCCGAAAUGCCUGGCAAAGGGCGAAAAAUCACAAGUUUAUCAAUUAAACAAAAAAUACAGAUUCUUCAUUUAGUUGAGCGUAAUGAAAAACCGAAAAAAGACAUUGCACAAUAUUUUAAGUGUGAUAUUUCAACCAUAAAUAUGAUUUUGAGGAAUCGCAAACAAGUGGAGGAAGCUGCAAACGCCACCUGCACGAAACGCAAGCGUUUGCGUGGAAGCUGUAAUAAAGAAAUUGAAAAGGCUCUUGCCAAAUGGUUUGACCAAAUAAGGGCUGCAAACGUAGUGUUGACAGAUGCUCAACUCCUCAAAAAAGCUUGAGAAUUCGCUAAUGAAAUGCCUUUUGAUUUUUCUCCCACCAAUGGCUGGAUGUGGCGCUGGAAACGGCGAGAGGGCAUUAAAUUUACAAAAAUAACUGGAGAAGCGGCUGAUGCUGACACUGCGGUGGCGGAUUCAUAUAGACGUCGCAUAUUGCAGAAUUUAUUAAAAAAACUAUGAACCUUGCAAUGUUUUUAAUGCGGACGAGAGCGGAUUACUUUAUAAAGCACUUCCGAAUGGGACUUUGGCUAGAAAGGGAACUACUGUGACUGGAGGAAAAAGUCAAAAAAUGCGUCUAACCCUGUUGUUUUGUUGCAAUGCAGACGGAAGUGAAAAAAAAUAUAUUCCAUUGGAAAAUCAAAAAAUCCUCGCUGCUAUAAAGGGAAAAUCAUACCCUUUCCAUAUUAUUUUCAGAGUAAAGCUUGGAUGGACAAAUAUUUUAAAAGAGUUUGAUCGCGAUAUGAUAAAGCAAAAUAGAAAAGUUGUGCUAUUUAUUGAUAAUGCUCCUUGCCAUAAGGUGACCGAUUUAGUUCUGGAAAAUGUCAAAAUUGAAUUUCUUCCUGCUAAUACCACAUCGAUAUUACAGCCACUCGAUCAAGGAAUAAUACAUGCCUUCAAAGUCUAUUUCAGACAAAUUCUUGUAAGAAAACAGUUACUUGCAAUCGAAAAGGGCUUAUCAAACAAAGAUUUUGUGAAAUCGAUUUCAAUCUUAGAUGCUCUAACUUUUGCAAAGCGGGCAUGGUGGCUUGUUAAGAAGGAAACUAUAGAAAACUGUUUCCGUAAGGGUGGAUUUUUUAUUGAAAAUAAUUCCUCUGACGUCGUUGAAGAAGUAAUAGAUGUUACAAUAGAUCCUACAGAGUUUGAGGAAUAUGUUAACUGCGAUAAAGAGCUUGAAUGUUUUGGAACAUUGACGGAAGAUGAAAUUGUUUCAUCCCUCUUAGACGAAAAUUCCAGCGAAGCAUCUUCUGAAGAAAAUUCAGAAGGUGAAUGUAAUGAUGUUCCACCCACCUUAGUAGCAGCUAUAGGUGCGCUUUCAACAGUUAAACAUUUUAUGGAAAGUAAAAAUCUUUAUCUUGAUGAAAUUGAAUCGCUUGAAGAAAAACUCUUUAAAUGUUACUUUCAAACCCACCAUCAAAAGAAGAUCACAGAUUUCUUCAUUGUCUAAAAUAAAAUAUGUAUGUAUGUAUUUAAGUAUUGGUAUCUUUCACCCAAAUGUUCCUCAUCAUACAAAAUAUGGGUGUAUUUAUGUAUAAUCAAUCAAUUUUAAAGAAUUGAAUUCUUAAAAAAAUUGCAUAAUAUUGCUUUAACUUGUUUUGUUAAUAAAGUUUUCCUUUAUGUGUUCAAAUAAUGCUACGAUCUUGAUUUUAAAAUAUGUACGUAUAGUUCAUUAAAUGGUUAUG